AUGAGCAUCGUACUGACCCCAGUGAAUAGCCAAGAGUUGGAUGCCAUGGCAACAGAUGCAUCUCCUAUGAUCACAAACAUGACUCCUCUGGAAGAGCCAGAGGAUGAGGGAAGCAUGAAGGAACAUGAUGCUAUCCAGCGCUAUGAGAAACCCCCACCACUUCACACUGGAGCAGACUGGAAAGUCGUACUUCACCUGCCAGAAAUAGAAACGUGGCUUCGUAUGACAUCAGAGCGAGUGCGAGACCUUACCUAUUCUGUGCAGCAAGAUACUGAGAAUAGGCAUGUAGAUGUUCACCUGGUCCAAUUAAAGGAUAUUUGUGAGGAUAUUUCAGAUCAUGUGGAGCUGAUCCAUGCCCUGUUAGAGACAGAAAUUUCACUGAAGCUUCUCUCCUACUCAGUCAAUAUCCUAGUGGACAUCCAUACAGUUCAACUUUUGUGGCACCAGCUACGUGUAUCAGUUCUUGUGCUUCGUGAGAGAAUCCUACAGGGUCUUCAGGAUUCAAACGGAAACUACACAAGGCAGACUGAUAUUCUUCAGGCUUUUGGUGAAGACAGAAAAGAGGCUUGCUUGGAUUCACUGACUGAAAUUGAUGAUGCAGGUCAGCUGACCAUUAAAUGUUCUCAAGACUAUUUUUCUUUGGAUUGCGGUAUCACUGCCUUUGAACUGUCUGACUACAGCCCAAGUGAAGACGUGCCCUGUGGUUCUGAGGCUACCAUGACCUCCAGUUCAGCCACCAGGGCUAAACCAAAAUCUUUUGGGCAUUGGAACUCUGCUGAUCUGGAAAAAGGCUUUCCAGAGUUGGUUCGCAGUGUGGGGUUACUUUCUGUGGCAAAUGACCAUUCCACUUCCAGGCACGAAGAAAUUAAGACAAUUGGUGAAAGUCAGUUAUCCCUCACAGAUCAUGAAACUUUGGUUUGGGAUAAGAAAGGCACAGCAAACUCCAAGUUGUUACCUAAAUCAGCAAGCCAUCCAGCCCCAUCUCAACCUCCUCCUGCAGAAUGUACGCGAACCCAAAAUGGAAUUGGUAAGAGCUCCAAACAGAAAGUAUUUACUGACACUAAUAUUGAUGAUUUGGAGCCCCAGAGACAUGCCCAUAUGCAUUCUUGUAGUGCAAAGAGUAACCACUGUGAAAACUCAAUACCAAAAAGACCAAUAAAAGAUUGCUUCAAUUAUAACGAGGAGUCUCCAACACAACCCUCCUUACCCAAAAGAGCUUUGUAUCUAUAUGAAAUUUCUAAAGAUGAUUUGGAGGUUAGCUGUAACAGAGUUUCAACUUCUAUUCUCUCGCACAAAGCGGAAAUGAGCAGAAGUACACCUUCUCUUUUUGAUCAUCCGGACAGGUCCAGACUUUGGCUGGACUUGGCUUCAUCUUACCCAAGCUCUGCAAAUGCUUCUGUCAGUCACUCAUAUGAUGAGUUAAACAAAACAAAUGGUACACACAGUGGAUACCUGAGCUCUCCUUCUCAGUGUAAUUUACAAACAACAACUUUAGGCCUAAAUAAAACCUAUGACCAACAUCAAAGAAAGUCUUCAGCUAUUAGGAAGUCAUCUGAUCUUCAUGAUCUUAGGCAAUUUAACAAAGAGCCUACAAGAAGCCCCACACAACACUAUAGAGAACCUUUAGCACAAAGUACCAGUUCUCCUGUGCAAAAAACACAGGAUGACAUUUCCUUAUUAUCAAGAGAGACAUCCCCAUAUCAGAAGCAACCAGCUACCAUGCUUAAAAUGAAGAGUUUCCAUCAAAGUUGUCCCCCACUUACAAAAUCACCAACUGGUGAGAAUAAUAAUAGUUCUGACUCGUUUAAUUCACACAUGUUGGCUGUAAAGUGCGAAGACAAUAAUGAACCAACAAAUACGUCCUCAAGGUGUCAAAAUCAGGAGUUUGAUAAUGAGUAUAAAAAGCAGUCACCUGUCAAACAAAGCUCGUAUGAAUCGGUAUCUGCACAGUUGCCUUCACAGACUCCACAAAGUGUGACCCAGGCACAUUCUCCUGGUUUUAUCCCAACAGUAUCAUGGCUACAACCUCAACCAAGGACACAGGAUAAUUUAAGGCAAAAUCAAACCACUGAAAGUGGUAAAGGUGACCUUUGGUUUGGAUCGAAUGAAUAUCUGGCUCUUCCAUCUCACCUGAAGGAAACUGAAGUGUUGGCUUUAAAGCUAGAGAAUUUGACAAAGCUGUUGUCACAUCCACCUACAGGUGAAGCACUUCAGAACAUUGAAGAUUGGGAGCUAUCAGAAGCAAAUUCUGUGACUGAGGCAGACCCAUUAGUUCACAAUGAACGGAAAAACGAAAAAUACCUCCCUACAACUGGAACAAUAUCUCCAGCUUCCUCAAGUGAUAUAGCUUCAUCUUUGGAUGACAGCAUUGAGUCAGGUCCACUUAGCAACAUCCAAUCAGAUGAUGAGUCAUCAAUAGCAGAAUCAGUUGCUAAGCACAACACUAUACCCCAAUUUCCACACCAUUGGUUAACACAGAUACCAAAGAAUGCCUUGGAUAGUGGUCCUCCUAAAUCAACUCUCAUUCAACAACUACAGCAAGAUAUUCAGCAGAAACAGAAUAACAGCGACGUGUGGGAAAAAAUUGAGGGCUUUGUAAAUAAGCUUGAUGAAUUGAUUCGUUGGUUGUUUGAAGCCAUGGAAACAACUGAAAACUGGACACCCCCCAAAGCUGAUACAUGCAGCCUGAAACUUUACCUGGAAACCCAUUUGAGUUUUAAACUCAAUGUAGACAGUCACUGUGCACUUAAAGAUGCUGUGGUGGAAGAAGGACAGCAGCUUCUGGAUCUCAUUGAAUGGCACAAGUCAGGAUUGAAAGACAUGCUGCAGAUUAUUGCAAGCCAAUGGCAGGAACUACAGAGACAAAUCAAACGACAGCACAACUGGAUUCUUCGAGCCCUGGACAUAAUCAAAGCUGAGAUUUUGGCAACUGAUCUGACUGCAGAUGAUCUGGAAGGUUCUAGAAGCCCCAAAGGAGAAAUACAGCUUAUCAACUUAGAGACCAGGAGAGAUGCUGUAGAACAGAUGUCACUGAAGCUUUAUAGUGAGCAGUACACGAACAGCAACAAUAGAAAACAAGAAUUUGCUGCAAUGUCAAAAGUUAAUCGGGUAGAUACUUACAGCCUUCUGGACUUUGAAUUGGAAUACCAGGAGCUCUGGGAUUGGCUGAUUGACAUGGAAUCCAUAGUGAUGGACAGCCAUGACCUGAUGAUGUCAGAAGAGCAGCAGCAGCAUCUUUACAAGGGAUACAGCAUGGAGAUGUCAAUGUGGCUUCCUAAGAAACUACACUUACUAAAGACGAUUGCAUCUCUGAGACAAGCUGGUAGCUCAUUACCCUGUGACAUCCUUGAAAAGAUAGAGGGAAUUAAAGACAAAUGGCACCUGUUAGAGAGAACGCUUGGAGAGAAGACCCGGGACACAGGAGCGGGGCAGAGUGGGGCAGGAACAUGUGAUCUUCUGUCACCUGAAAGCAGCAGCCUAGUGAGGCAGCUGGAGGUCAGGAUCAAAGAGCUGAAAGGCUGGAUGAGAGAUACAGAGCUUUUCAUCUUUAAUUCCUGUUUGCUUCAAGAAAAAGAAGGAACAAUGGAGGUCCAGAAAAAACUGCAGUAUUUUAAGUCACUGUGCACUGAAAUUAAACAACGUCGGCGUGGCAUAAUAUCUGUACUGCGUUUAUGCCAACGUCUCAUCGAUGACACAGAUGCCAGCUGUUCAGAAGCUGAUCGUCAGUCAAUGCAACUUAUUAUUGUGAAUCUGGAGAGAAGAUGGGAAGCCAUAAUCAUGCAAGCUGUCCAGUGGCAGAACAGACUGCAAAAACAACUAGGAAAAGGAAAGAUCUCUUUAAGCUGUAUUGAAUCGAGUCUAAUGGAUUUGAAUGUCUUGCAUGAAGAUUCACUGGAAUGGGAUGAAAUGGACAUGAGUAAUAACCUGAUUGGUAUCCAAGAUGAAACACCUGAUCUUGCAUGUGAGCAGAAUGACAUAUCAAAAUUCUCACCUGGGCCCAUCAAUAAUCUUGCUGAUGAGCUUAUGCUGGAUCAAUAUACCAGUGGUCCUGGAGAAUCACUGUAUAGUCCUGGUGAGGCAUCUUCUUCUUCAUGUCCACAUAUCAAUCAGGUCUACAGCAGACAUAAUGUACAACUCAAUGGGAAAAAUCAUAUGUCAUUCUGCAAGAAUGCCUCAAUUUUUUCCAGUUCAAAGCAUCCAACCAAUUUAGUAAAGAGUGCAAGUAAAGAUUCAUCUUUCUCAUCUGAUGACUCUUUGCCAGACCUACUUAGUGAUUUGAUUCCAGUAAAAGAGGACAAACCAACAUCACCAAGACUUGAGAGUGAGAGUGGAAUAGUCAGCAAGGAUGGUAUAGAAACUACAACAAAUUCUCAAACCUCUCUUUCAAAUCAGAUUGAUCAAGCUCAAACUAAACUAUCUGUCAAACCAUUGCACCCCCUGAUAGAAUUAAAACAUAAAGAUUGUCCAAUUCAGUCAUGCAUUUGUCAAAGACAGGGUUCACUUGAAAAAAAGGAAAUGAAGAAUGCAGCAAGAAUACAAAGGAUAAAAAAUGAAGUAGAAUUGUCAAAAAAUCUUCAAUCACUGCCUCUGAAUAAUGAAGGAAAUUUACAGCCCCUUGAUAUGAAUAAAAUUGCUUCAAAGGGUUUUGCAAAUGAUCUAGAGGCACAAUAUGAUGUGUUCACGUUUUAUGACUAUUCUUACCUGCAAGGCCCUGAGCUUGAGUUAAGUAUGACUAUAACUCACUCACCUGAAGAAAAGGCAACUACUGAUGGGCAUAUGUCCUCUAAACCACAUUCUCCUGAAUUUAUUUGUAAAAAUGGGCUAUCAGUUCCAGAUUCGAAAUCAGACAAUGCCACAUCAGACAAAUGUCUGCCAAUAACAUCAAGUGAAGGUAACCUUGAGACUUGUUAUAGCGAAACAGAUGAUGACAGAAUAUCUCAAGAUAAUAUAAAUGACACAGGUUUCACAUUUUUGUCUCAGAGGUCAUCAGUAGAAUCACUUUCAAUUGCUGGUGACAUAUUUCAGCUUGGAACUAACAAUCACAAAAAUGGUGAUCUACAACACCGUACCUCCUUAGAGAGCUGGGCCAUUCCAUACAAAAUCACAGAGGAACUACUCAGUAUCCAGGGGUCAGGGGACAUCAUGGGUAAUGAUGCAGUAGGGGAGCUAAGUAAGAGGACAUUAGACCUAUUGAAACGUUUAGAAAACAUCCAGAAUCCAGUAAGUCCAAAAAUGAAACGUAGUGUCUCUGAUAUCACACUGCAGAGUAACUCUCUCAAAAUGUCAUUCACUGGUCAACUGUCAUUUGAUGCUGCAUCAUCAGCAAAUGAAGAUUCUGUUGCAUCUCUCACAGAACUUAGCAGCAGUGAUGAGCUCUCCUUGUGCUCAGAAGACAUAAUUGUCCAUAAAAAUAACAUUUCGGAUUCCAAUGCAUCAUUCAAAAAACACGUUAAUCACUCAGUGACUGAUGAAGCUGAUGUCAAUAUAAGCAUGAUUGUUAAUGUGUCUUGUACAUCUGCUUGUACUGAUGAAGAAGACGAUAGUGAUUUGCUUUCCAGUUCAACCCUUACGCUAACUGAAGAGGAACUGUGCAUUAAGGAUGAUGAUGAUUCUAGCAUUGCCACAGAUGAUGAAAUUAAUGAAGAAAAUAAAUACAUUUUAGAUGGGGACUAUAUGAAGAAUGAACUCCACCAUUGGAUUAAACCAUUUUUUUCUGUCACAAAGGAAAAGAAAAAAAUGAAUCCAGGAGAAAAGUAUCGGUGCAGGACUGAUUCAAGUAGUGUCAAGUUGCCAACCUUCAAAAAUAUUUCAACGCUUUACCCAUUUUUAAACAGUUCCACAUUGAUGCAGCCCGAGUCCAAAGACUGUAAGAGCACUUUGCUCUGUCCAAAAGAAAGGCACUUCAAACAGAAUGGAAUGGAGACUCUCAGACAUUUCUGCACUGACCACCUAAAAGAUGAUGUAGAGAAUGGCAAUGUGGAAAAAUCUCUGUUAAAAGGCAAAAAAGAACUAACUGAAGAGACAGACAUCAAGAAACUUCAGUCUUUUGAAAAAGGGCACAACACUGGCAAAACAGAAUGUUUGAAAUCUGAAUUAUUUAGUAGUACAUUUGAGCAAGAAACAUAUGUUCCUUCUGCACAGUACAUUCCAUCUUCCCUGACCCCCACACAAUCUCCAAAGAAGGAUAAAAGGCUGAUAUGCUCGGAAGACAUUGGCAUUGCAAACAAACAUUUAUCAUCAUUUCCUUUUAGCAUUGAUGAAGAGCCUAUUUUCUCAAAGAAACUUGAAAAGUACAAUGAUGUUACAGUAUCAGGUGACAAAACAACUCCUACGAGUGAAUUUAAUAAACCUCAAUGGCAUGAAGAUUCCAAUACAGAUUUGGCAUUUAACUGCCUUGGUAAUGAAUAUAAUAUCACGAGUAAAGAAUCAGCUGUAAAAUGUUCAUCUCAUCUUGAUUCAGAAAACAAGCACUUGGAAGAAGCUAAUAAGGAUUAUGUAAAUGAUAUUUCAAAUUGUUCCUGCCAUCCUAAUGUUCCUCAUGAUGUUGAUGGUGAAGAAGAUAGUUCCGUUCAUAAUUUUGUGAUGGAAAUAAUUGAUAUGGCAUCGACAGCCCUGAAGAACAUCUCCCAGCAUGACUCUGAAAUGACGAAUCCAACUUCAGUGGCUCAGAUCAAAGAGAAAGUAUUGGAACAUUCUCACCGUCCUUUGCAGCUGCGAAAAGGAGACUUUUACUCCUACCUGUCCAUAUCAUCACAUGACAGUGACUGUGGUGAAGUAAACACUUGCAUUGAUGAGAAAAGCAGCACACCUCAGCCUUUGGAUUUUAAUGAUCAGGCUAGGUUAGAAAACAAUGACGAAGAUGAUAAUUUUCAUAGUGAAGAUUUUGAAGAACAAUAUACUGAUCAACCCUCCUUAUUUGAUUCUACACUUCAAAAGGACACAGUUUCAGAUAAUAACCUAUAUUCUUCGAUCAAACCUGUGUCUUUUUUUGACAGCAAUGCAUCACCAUUGCCAAAUGGUAAACUGGGCAUUGCAAUGUCAAAAGCUAUUCACGUGACACCAAGUAACCAAAAUAUUUGUGGUGGAAAUCUAACUGAAACAAACAAAAUUACUGACAACCCUGAUACAUUUUCAGGCAUCACUAAUCAAAUAUACAACACAUCUGAAGACAAUACCUUUCAAGCAGCAGAGUGCCAUACUGAGAAUCCUUACCUUAAUUCUUUGUUGCCUAAAACACAAACAUACACUACUAAGUAUUUGUCAGAUAAUGAGUCCUUUUUUGCUAUGUCUAAAAUUGAAACGCUUCAACCAAAUGACCCUCCAUUAAAGAGCGAGAGUGAUGAAAAUCAUAAGUCAGUAAGUCAGUCCCAUGAAAUACAAAUAAAUCUGGUGCAGGACACACAACCAAAUAACAGUCAUUUUGAAAAACCAGGAGAAGCCAUGUUUCUUAGCACCAAAAUUCAGUUUUCACAUGGACAUCCUGUUUAUGAAAAUCAUCAAACUGCAGAUUUCAAAGACAAACAGAAGCUUCCCAUGAAAGAAAACCAUUAUGAUGGGGACUUGUCUCAGAAAGAGAUCCCUAGCUCACAAAAACAUACAGCAGGGAAUCUCAGGAAAGCUCCAAAGAGUGGAACCACUGAUGCCAAAACUACAGUUUCUGUAUGCCACCACAGUGAACUUCCAAGUGACUCCCAUGCUGCAAGAACUGUACCCAAGAGGUCAGUAACAGCAAAGCAAGAUCAAAGGCAAAGAAAUCUGGCUGUAACCUUGCUCCAUUUUUGCCCACCUAAUCCCAAGGUAGCCUCUAAUCUAAUUGAACCAUCCUCUUCCUCACUGAUAUUGAAGACAAAUUCCUUCCAAAUGCGAGUUUUUCAUGCAGGUGUGGUAAUCUGGUUGCUUCUGCUGGUCCUGUGUAUGGCAGUUGCUGUUACUCCCUUAUUGGUAAUACCAACAGAUUGCAGCAAAGUCCGGCAUUUUUCUUCUUCAUGGACUCCUGUCCUAAGCUACCUCCAAGGACCUCCUCCAUUCUGAUCUACGGUUUAUAAAUGUCCUUCUUCUUAUGGUAUAGGCACUUUUUGAUAUUUAAGACAAUACUACAGAAUUUGCAAAGGUAUGAAGGUGUAAUUUUGUGUCAAUUCUUGUAAUGGCAUUUCACAUAUUGGCUUACUGGAGUAAUGUUUGGAUUUUAUGGGAGAAUGUAUUCAUCUCAACAAACACUUAUUUGUCAGAAAACACACACAUAUACAAAAAGUGAGUCUUAUUAUGUUAAAUGUGCUAAAUCCAACAAGAGGAGCCAUGAAUAUCAUUAUACUAUUUAACUUUAACAUGUGACAAGUAGCAUAAUAUUUCUAACAAAAGUUAAUUUGAAAUUUAUGUUUUGUCUUAAUUAUCAUUUUUGGUACAUUUAGCAUAAGUAAUGUUAAACCAAUACCAACAUAGAAUACAUAGAUCCAAUCUAUGCAACCCUGAAACUUAUAAAACAACCUUAUUGUGCUGUAUAUUGCAAUUAUAGGUACUUUAGUUCGGUACAUGGUCAAGCUUUGUUAUCUCUGCUUCCUAAGAUGGGAAGAGAAGAAAUAUUUUAACAAUGUGUGCCUUGCGUAUUUCUUACAUCUUUUGUUAAAAAGCUGCUUUCCCCAGUUAAAAAAAUUGGCUCAAAGAGAUGUUGUAGCAAGGUUAUGCUGUGUGUAUAAUUUCUGUACAUAUGUACAAGAAUAUGCUAACAUUCAUGUAUGAUGAUAUACAAUGCUUCCUUGUAUUGUGUUAAUGUGUCCAGUGAUGUGGAAAAUAUUAAGCCUUAAGCUGUUAGAUUGCAUGAGUAAAUUAAAGUUGGAAAAUAAAAAUUACUUUAUCAGA